ACGAUCCUCAAGCAUAUCCUCAAGCAUCGCUAAUGGCUAACUACUCCCUUAGCAAUGCUCUGCUUUUGUUGGUGUGCUCCUUCGGCUUCAUGCUUUCAGGAGCUUUCGGCUACUACUCCGGGUGGCAGAGCGCCCAUGCCACCUUCUACGGCGGUAGCGACGCCUCCGGCACAAUGGGAGGUGCUUGUGGGUAUGGGAAUCUGUACAGCCAGGGGUACGGGACGAACACGGCGGCGCUGAGCACGGUGCUGUUCAACGGCGGGCUGAGCUGCGGGUCGUGCUACGAGCUGCGGUGCGCGGACGCCCCGGGUUCGUGCCUGCCGGGCUCCAUCGUCGUCACCGCCACCAACUUCUGCCCGCCCAACUACGCCCUUCCCAACGACAACGGCGGCUGGUGCAACCCCCCGCGGCCGCACUUCGACCUCGCCCAGCCCGCCUUCCUCCACAUCGGCCAGUACCGCGCGGGCAUCGUCCCCGUCUCCUUCCGCAGGGUGGCCUGCGUCAAGAAGGGCGGCAUCCGCUUCACCAUCAACGGCCACUCCUACUUCAACCUGGUGCUGAUCACCAACGUGGCCGGCGCCGGCGACGUCCACUCCGUGUCGAUCAAGGGGUCCAAGGGCGGGUGGCAGGCGAUGUCGCGCAACUGGGGACAGAACUGGCAGAGCAACUCCUUCCUCGACGGACAGAGCCUCUCCUUCCAGGUCACCACCAGCGACGGCCGAACCGUCACCAGCUACAACGUCGCGCCGGCGGGGUGGCAGUUCGGGCAGACCUUCCAAGGCGGCCAGUUCUAGAUUCUCUUCCUGUUUCCAGAAAUAGUUAAUAAGGAAUUGAAAAGGCUGAGGUUGCUUGAAUUUAAUUAGCGCCCGCUUAGAGAGUCAAACCUCAACAUAUAUAUAUAUAUAUAUAGACCACACUACAGAUAGCUAGCUAUUCAUAUAUAAAAAACAACAUUGAGAUGAAUGUUGUAGUUUGAAUCAGUUCUCAAUAAAGUGUAUCAAUUCUAUAAUGUUUUACUUGCACUCUUUAAAUCUUAAUACUGCACUCUUUAA